UUCUUGAAUAAUUUUCCUAUUAUGGUGAAUACACUUUCUUCUCAUUAUUAUCCAAAAUAGUGCAAGAAAAACUACAUUACGUUAUUGUGACUCGGUGGGGUUUUGGUUUAUUGGGGGUUGGAGUUUAGUUAAAGUAUGAGAAAGGGGGAAAAGUGACAACUUUUGGCUUUUAUGGAGCUUUGAAGUUAUUGUACUUCUCCGAUCGGCUAUUGUUACUCUGCUUUUCUGUUAUACUUAGCAGCUCUGUAAUUGGAAAGUGAUAUUUAGUCACAACUCACAAUAGUACUAGAUGGCGACGCUUGGAGAUAUAGGCCUUGCAGCAGCAAUAAAUAUUAUAUCUGCCUUGAUCUUUCUUGUGGCAUUUGCAAUUUUGCGGCUCCAACCAUUCAAUGACAGAGUUUAUUUCCCCAAAUGGUAUCUUAAGGGGUUGAGACACAGUCCCACCCGCUCUGGGGCAUUCGUCGCCAAAUUUGUUAAUGUUGAUUGGAGGGCAUAUAUAAGGUUUCUGAACUGGAUACCAGAUGCACUGAAAAUGCCUGAACCUGAGCUUAUUGACCAUGCAGGGUUGGACUCUGCUGUUUAUUUGCGCAUAUACUUGCUAGGGCUAAAAAUCUUUGUUCCUAUAACGUUGCUUGCGUGGGCUAUCCUGGUACCUGUAAAUUGGACAAAUAGCACUCUGACAAAAUCCGACUUUACUUAUAGUGACAUUGAUAAGCUUUCCAUUUCAAAUGUUCCGCUUGGAUCACUCAGGUUUUGGACUCAUAUUGUAAUGGCUUAUGCCUUCUCAUUCUGGACCUGCUAUGUCUUAAAAACUGAGUAUGCAAAAGUUGCAGCCAUGAGGUUGCAGUUUGUCGCCUCUGAAAAACGUCGCCCCGACCAAUAUACAGUCCUUGUUAGGAAUGUUCCGCCUGAUGCUGAUGAAUCAGUUAGUGAAUGUGUGGAGCACUUUUUCCUGGUUAACCAUCAAGAUCAUUAUCUCAUGCAUCAGGGUGUUUAUAAUGCCAACAAACUAGCAAAAUUGGUGAAGGAGAAGAAGAGUAAGCAAAAUUGGCUCGACUAUUACCAACUUAAGUACUCUAGGGAUCAAUCAAAACGGCCUAUGAUGAAGACUGGUUUCCUUGGAUGCUUUGGAGCAAAAGUUGACGCAAUCGAGCAUCAGAUUGCUGAAAUUGAAAGAUUGACAAAAGAGAUAGCUGAAGAGAAACAAAGGGUAGAAAAAGACCCAAAGUCUACCAUGCCUGCAUCAUUUGUCUCCUUCAAAUCGCGGUGGGGUGCUGCUGUUUGUGCACAAACACAGCAAUCCAGAAAUCCAACCUUGUGGUUGACAGAAUGGGCUCCAGAGCCACGUGAUGUAUUUUGGAACAACCUGGCAAUCCCCUAUGUUUCUUUGACAAUUAGGAAGCUCAUUAUUGCUGUUGCCUUCUUUUUUCUGACAUUCUUCUUCAUGAUCCCAAUUGCAUUUGUCCAAACCCUUGCCAGCCUUGAUGGGAUUAGGAAGAAAGCACCAUUUCUGAAAGUUAUCAUUGACGAACCUUUCAUCAAGGCGUUCAUCCAAGGUUUUCUACCUGGGAUUGCUUUGAAGAUCUUUCUCAUAUUUCUGCCAACCAUAUUGAUGAUGAUGUCCAAAUUUGAGGGCUGGCUAAGCAUAUCAGCUCUAGAGAGGAAAUCUGCAUCUAAAUACUACAUCUUCACUAUUGUAAAUGUGUUCCUCGGGAAUAUAAUUGCAGGAGCUGCAUUUGAACAACUAAGUACCUUUCUCAAUCAGUCAGCAAACCAAAUCCCUAAAACAAUUGGUGUCGCAGUUCCUAUGAAAGCAUCCUUCUUCAUAACCUACAUAAUGGUUGACGGGUGGGCUGGUAUUGCUGGAGAGAUCCUAAGGCUGAAGCCGCUAAUAUUUUACCACUUGAAGAACUUUUUCUUGGUUAAGACGGAAAAAGAUAGAGAAGAGGCAAUGGAUCCUGGAAGCGUUGGUUUCAACACAGGGGAACCACAGAUACAAUUAUAUUUCUUAUUGGGGCUUGUCUAUGCUGUGGUCACACCAUUUCUGCUUCCGUUCAUAUUGGUCUUCUUUGGCCUUGCAUAUGUGGUAUAUCGUCAUCAGAUUAUAAAUGUAUACAAUCAGGAGUACGAAAGUGCAGCAGCAUUCUGGCCAGAUAUUCAUGGACGUAUAAUUUUCGCACUGUGCUUUUCUCAGUUAUCUCUACUGGGCUUGCUAGGUACAAAACAUGCUACUCAGUCAGCACCUUUCCUGAUUGCCCUUCCAGUGCUGACCAUCUCAUUUCACUUGUACUGCAAAGGUCGUUAUGAGCCAGCUUUCACCAAAUAUCCGAUACAGGAAGCAAGGAUGAGAGAUACCCUGGAACAAGCAAGGGAACCGAAUCUUAAUCUGAAGGGCUACCUUCAAAAUGCUUAUGUGCAUCCUGUUUUCAAAGACGAUGAUGAGGAUGAAGAUGAGGACUUCAUGAUGAAACUGGAGACUGAUAGCGUUCUUGUCCCCACAAAACGCCAGUCAAGAAUGAAUACACCAGUUCCCAGCAAAGUCAGCGCUGGCUCAUCUCCAUCACUUCCUGAUGCAGUCAUUCAUGAACAUUAAACAGCUUAGAAUGUUAGGUUGGAAUAUUCACCUCCUUUGUGCAUGGGAGUUAGAUCGCGGAGCUUCAACCUUAGCUAAGUGGUACAGAGAGCACUUCAACACAUCAUAGUUGAGCUGGCUGGACCAGUUUACGUUGGGACGGUUGGCAUUGAAAGUAUAAAAAAUUGUAAAGAACUCCGGUGGUUUCUAUAGGUGUAGCAUUAGAAGAGUUUUGUACACUUAAGGAUGUUUAUAUUUUUAGCAUUUGCUGGUUGUUGACACUGAGGAUAUAAUCUUGUACACAAGCUUUGUAAGGGAAUGUAUUUAUUUUUAUCGAUCU